CUCAAAGGGUACAGGGGCAAGUUCUUGGCACCGAUGCCCUUUAGGACUUCUCUCCCUCUCUUUUCCAGGGUCAUCGCUGGCUCAAGGCAUCUUCUGAGGGCACCUGUCUUCUUGCUUCUCCUGCUGAGUGGGCAACUCCAUCUGGUGUCAUGUGGUACCCUGAGGAUCUGCGCCUUCAAUAUCCAGAGCUUUGGGGAGGCCAAGGCCAACCGGCCCGAGGUCAUGAGUGUGCUGGUCAAGGUCCUUUCCCGAUGUGACAUCUGUCUGGUGCAGGAGGUCCGUGAUAUCAAAGGCACAGCCAUGUCACUUCUCCUCCAGGAACUCAACAGGGCCGACCGUGGCCACAGAUACGAGGCCCUGGGAAGUCGGCGUCUGGGCCUGGGAAGCUACAAGGAGCAGAACGUUUUUGUCUACAGAGCAGAUGUGGUUUCCAUCAUGGAUUCGUACCAAGUCCCAGAGGCUGAGCCGGGGCAGGCAGAAUCCUUCCUGCGGGGACCCUUCGUCGCCCGUUUCAGCUGGCCAAACUCAGACAUCUGCAACUUGGUGCUAAUAUCUCACCACGCCUGCCCCCGAAAUGCACCCUGGGAGAUUGACCAACUCUACAGAGUUGUCCAGGACGUGAAACGGCACUGGAAUGUGAAAGAUGUCAUGCUGCUUGGUGAUCUCAAUGCAGGCUGCACAUUUGUGCCUUCUGGGGCCUGGCUGGGCAUCCGCCUGUGGAGUCAUCCAGAUUUCCACUGGCUCAUUGGGGACCAGGCCGACACCACGGUCAGCACCAGGACCCACUGCGCCUAUGACAGAAUUAUAGUACACGGGAAUGCCCUGCUCCAGGCAAUUGUACCCGGCUCAGCCAAAACCUUCAACUUCCAAGAGGAGCUGGGUAUGUCAGAGGAGGAGGCACUACAGGUCAGCGACCAUUACCCUGUUGAGGUAUGCCUGUAUCCAACUCAAGGACACCAAGAGCUUUGAGAGGAACCUACCAGGCUGCUCCAGAAGCCCCCAGUUCACUUCUGCUGUGGACCUGGCAGAAGUCAAUUGACCAGAAUUUUGUACUAAAAUGCAAGGGCUGCUACAACCAAAGAUUGAUUUUUCUUUCUUUUCAGUGUCCAACUCCAAGAGGGGUUUGUAUUUUCAUGGUGCUUAAUACCCAAGACUCAAAUAACCUACAUACAGGAAAUUUGUUACCCUACACCUCCAUCCUGAGAUUAUGGUCAGCCUUUAACCUUUUUCCCCAACAUUAGACAAGCCACGAAAACAACUAAUGCAGCGAGAAGGUAACACACAGGUCACUGAGUAGGAACAGUCUAGGUUUAUUUAUGCCUGCACAAGGUUGAUGUCACAGCACACACACCUCAGGAGUGGAGUGCCCUCCAUUUGUCCAAGGGGCCUCGGCUG